UCGUAGUUCGUACCUCUAUGGUUCGUACACGGUGUUCUUUAAUUUGUGAUAAUUAUAUAUUUAAUUUUAUUUAGAUUAGACAUUUACAACGGUUGCUUUGUCUCUUAUGUGCUAUUGGUAACGAUAAAUUAAAUUCAAAAGUUACUUUGGACUGCCGCUUUAUUUGUAAGUAAGGCACGAUAUCGUUAACUUAUGUUUAAGCGUAUUUUACCUAAACUUGCCGUAUUGGUAUCUAAUAAUUCGAAAUCUCGAUUCAUUAGUGUAUCUAAACAAUAUUUUAAACAAAUCAAAAUGACUAAGAUCGGAACACACGAUGGAGUAUUCCACUGUGAUGAAGUCCUGGCCUGCUUCAUGCUGCAGCGCCUCCCAGAAUACAAAGACGCAGAGAUCAUCAGGACCAGGGAGACAGAGAAGCUCAAUGCUUGCGACAUAGUCGUUGAUGUUGGUGCGGUAUUCAACCAUGACAAGAAGAGAUAUGAUCACCAUCAAAGGGAAUUUAAUGAGACACUGAGCAGCUUGAAACCUGAAUUGGGUGACAAAUAUAAUAUUAAGUUAAGUUCAGCUGGGCUCAUCUACGCGUUCUACGGUGAGAGAGUUAUACAAACGCUAGCACCAAAAGAACACCCUUUACAAGCUGAUGACCUAAAACUGAUAUUUAAAAAAGUUUACGAGAACUUCAUUGAAGAAAUGGAUGCUAUAGAUAAUGGUGUGCCCAUGACUGAUGAGGAGCCUAGAUAUAAAAUACGCACGCACUUAAGCGCGAGAGUUGGCAGAUUAAACCCUGAAUGGAACUCCUCACAAACAAUCAGCACCAAAGAGAUAUUCGAAAAAGCCAUGAAGCUAGUGAGCGAGGAAUUUAUAUACACGGUGAAUUAUUUCAUAUCCGUCUGGCUGCCAGCUAGAGAUUACGUGAAAAACUCGUUAGAGGAUCGUUUCGAAGUGCACAAGUCGGGUAAAAUCUUGGAAUUCAAAGAACGGUUUCCGUGGAAAGAGCAUUUGUUUGAUUUGGAAGAGGAAAUGGGUUUAUCGCAAGAGAUUACGUAUGUUUUGUUCAACGACAAGCCGAAGUCCUGGAGGGUGCAAGCAGUACCUCUUAAUCCUGGCAGCUUUGUUACAAGGAAACCGUUACACAAGAAGUGGUGGGGGGUGCGAGAUGAUCUGCUCAGUGAAGAAGCGAACAUCAAAGGUUGCAUAUUCUGUCACAGUACGGGCUUCAUUGGCGGAAACGAGACAAGAGAGGGUGCUUUAGCAAUGGCCGUUGCUAGUUUGGAAGCGUGAAAUAGAUUGAAGGUAUCCUUCUUCAAAGCUUUACAGCGAAGAUUGAAACUCGUAUAAAAUACGCGCUUUAGGGUAGCAAACGAGACAUAUUUCUUCUCGCUGCCGUACACUUUUUUUAAUUCUGUUAGGCCGAUUCAGAAGAGCUGGAACGUCAACACAUUAACACAUUACACAUGUGUAGUGUGGGGCGUGACGUCACACUGCAUACGCAUCAUGAAAAGUC